AUGAGCGAUGGAAUGAAGUCGGGACCUCGUCUGAAACGUCCCUAUCAGAAACCCGCCACAUUGGGGACUUUCCCUCGUAAACCCGUAUUUAAGAACGUCAACGUCUCAAAAGGAAACGCAACCGCCAUCGAUAGCCAUGGAGGUCAAAUUACAAGAGGCGAUCCAGAGGGCGGUGGCACGGAACAAUCGGAGCAGUCGCCGGCCGCGAGUCAUGACUUCGCGGUCCGUGCAGGCAGUGACGUGGUCCGGUUGAAUGAAACCACAGCCAGCGAUCUGAAGGGCGGCGGCACGGAACAAUUGGAGAAGUUGGCGUCUGAGAGUCACGACUCGGCGGUCCGUGCAGGUGAUGCGGUUCGGCAGAAUCAAACCACAGCGAGCGAUCCAGAGGGCGGUGGCGCGGAACAAUCGGCGACCGCGAGUCAUGACGUGGCGGUCCGCGCCGGCCAUGAGGUGGUCGGGCCGAAUGAAACCACCAGCAGCGAUCCAGAGGGCGGUGGCGCAGAAGAAUCGGAGACGUUGGCCUCUGGAAGUCACGACUCCGCCGUCCGGGCAGCUGAUGGCGCAAUACGGCCGAAUGAAACCACAAACACCAAUCCAAUGGGUGAUGACGCGGCACAAUCGGAGCAGUCGGAGACCGCGAGUCACGACUUGGCGGUCCGCGCAGGCCGUGACGUGGUCCGGUUGAAUGACACCACUCGUAGCGAUCCAGAGGGCGGUGCCGCGGAACCAUCUGAGAAAUUGACCUUCGAAAGUCACGACUCGGCGAUCCAGCCCAAUCAAACCACAAACAGCAAUCCAGAGGAUGGUGGCGCGGUGCAGUCGGCGAGCGCGAGUCACGACUUGGCGGUCCGCGCAGGCCGUGACGUGGUCCGGCCCAAUCAAACCACGAGCAGCGAUCCAGAGGGUGGUGCCGCGAGGCGGUCGGAGUCGCUCACGGCGGUCCCCGCGGGCAACACGCCGACGAGCCACGACGCCGCCAGCGUGCACCACGCGCGCGUCUCGGGCCAGGCGGUGCACGCGGCGGCGCGCGCGCACGACGACCACCACGCGCUCGCCAACAUGGCGCGCGCGGCCAUCGCGGCGGCGCACGUCCCGCGCCGGCGCUGCUUCUCCUCCGCCACCGCCACCGGCGGCGCGGGCGGCGGCGUCGUCGCCGUCGACGUGGAGCGCGGCCACGACGCGCGGGCGGGCGCGGGCGAGGUCCAGGCGCACGACGAGCACCACCGCGACCUGGCGGCGGCGCGGGCCCACGUGGAGCACUACGCCUCGGAGCUGGCGCAUGACGACCACCACACGGCAGUCAACAGCCCGUUCGGCGACCCCGUCCCUCCGCUGCCGCCGGCGCCCUACACGCUCCUCGGCGCGGCGGCGGUGGCGGCGGACGCAUUCGUCGCCAAAAGGGGGGACGCGUCCGUGGCCCCUGCGGGUGCCCUGGCGGCCGCGGUCGCCGACAAGGGCGCCAGCGGUUCGCAACGCGCCGCCAACAGCACCACCGCGCCCCACGCGGGUUGA